AUGCCCACCAGCGGGCCUCGUGGCCAGUUCGUGGCGGAGUCCCGUCAGAGGAGGGUGUCGAAGGCGUUGCGGGAGCGAAAUGGGGUGUUUCUGCCAUUUUAGGACUUGGUGACAUUUGAAGAUGUGGCUGUGACCUUCACCCCAGAGGAGAUGAGUUACCUUACUGCUUCUCAGAGGAAACUCUACAGAGAGGUGAUGCUGGAGAAUUACCAGAACCUGGCCUCCUUGGGGCACCACUUUCCUAAACCUGACAUGAUUUCAUAUCUGGAAGAAGAGGCAUCAAGAACAAUGGAGGAAGACAGCAAUACAAUGAUUUGCAAAGGUAGAGACUCUCCUGAUCCAUUGGAGUCACCCCAAGGCAACGAGAAGAAACAGAUUUUCAGCCCAGUAACAAUGAGUGACACUGAGACCCAUGCUCAGGAAGGAAGCCAUAGUAGUGAUGAAUUUGAGAGAAAUAAUCUUUCCCUGCAGUCAGAGGAUCUUCCAGGAAAGUGUGCCCAGGAAUGCAGUGUUACUGGCGUGAGCACCAGCCCCCAGCAGAUGCAACGCUUCAGGUGUAAAAUUUGUGAAAGAGCCUUUAGUACCAAAAUUGGCCUUGUGAAACAUGAGCUGAUCCAUACUGGGAAGAAACCCUUUGAGUGUAAGCAAUGUGGUGCAGCCUUCUUCCUCAUGCCACACCUCACCAGGCACCAGAAGUCUCAUGCUAGUAAGAAGCCCUCUGUAUGUAAUACAGGUGCAAAAUCUUCCAUCCAGCAUGCAGAUCUCUCUGGGCAUGGUCAGGAAGACUGCUGUGAAUGUGUUCACUGUGGCAAAACUUUUACCCGGGCUAAACAUCUUUCUCAACAUCUUCAGGCCCAUGAGGAGGCAGAGGCCCUUCGCCCUGCAUUGUCCCACAACAAGACAUAUUUAAUUCACUACCAGCGGGAACAGCGCUAUGUCAGCGAGAGAGCCUCCCGGUGCUGUGACUGUGGGAAAACCUUCAGCAGUAGUUCAUACCUAGUUCAGCAUUACCGAAUCCAUGCUCAAGAGAGGCCUUACCAGUGUCAGAUCUGUGGGAAGUGUUUCAGCCGAGCCUCAAACCUCACUCAGCAUUACCAGCACCAUUUUCAAGAGAAAACAAUUGCCAUCACUGUUUAA